AUAAAUUACAUUUGUUUUGAUGUCUGAACCCAAAAAGAAGUUAUGGAUUGGCAAUCUUGCUUACAAAGUAUGAUGUAAAUUUAAAAUUGCAUAGGUUCAAAAGGAUGAUUUAGAAGAGUUGUUCAAACAGUAUGGAUAAAUCACAGAGAUUAAAGUAUUGGAUAAGGGUCCUCAUGUAUACGCAUUUGUUGAAUUUGAAAAGGUAGAAAAAGCGAUUGAAGCUUUUAAUAGGUAAAGGAGUGAAAAAUAUCUAUAUAUUAGUUUACAAGGUCGUGAGUUGAAAGGGUAAGCUAUGAAGAUUGAAUAUGCAAGUGGAAGGAAGAGGUAAUAGUUAAUUUAAUUAGUAUUUAGGAGUACAAAUGAUCGUGAUAAAGACAGAGGUAGAGGAGGCAAUGAUAAGUACAGAAAGAGAGAUAGCAACUAUAAGAGACGUUCCCGAAGUCGAAGCAAUGACAGACAUAAAAAGAAAUCUAAAAGUUUAACUAACUCACUUACUUUACUUCUAAUUAGGCAAUAAAAGACACUCAUCCAGCUCUGAGUCUUCCCGUAGAAACAAAUAGUAUAACAACAAAAAAUAGCCCGUGCGUUCCCCCCCUUCGGAUGAUGAUCUUUCAAACUGAGUAUCAUUAAUAAAAGAAAAAAUAUUUUAAUACAUCGAA